UUUGCACCCCCCAGCCCCUUUGCAAUGCCCUUGGCACCCCCAGAGCCCUGCUUUGAUGCCCUUUACACUCCCCCACUCCCUUUUUGACACCCUUGGCAUCCCCCCCAUCCCUUGUUUGACACCCUUUACACACCCCCAGCCCCUCUCCGAUGCCCUUGGCGUGUCGCUGCCACCAUGGGAUGAUGCUUUAUGUAAGGUGGGAGUCGCAUGCGGCUCCUCGGCAGCAUCUCGUGGGCUCUCCUCCCUUCCCUCCUCCCAGCUGCUUUUUAUAGCCUCCAGUCUCCUCCUCGGCGUCUCGGGGUUUGGUUUUUUUUUUUUCCUCCUCCGACUCAUUUUUUUAUGUAACUUGUCCUUCUCGGAGCCUCGUCGCAUGAGACAGUGGGACUGGUGAUGCGGCUGAUUUCAGAGAGGCCGAGGACAUCGUUUCUUUCCUCUAUUAAACCCAACCUGGGAUGAGCAGUGAAGGAGAUAGGGCUCCAUUAGCCCCAGUUUGAUCUCUGCAACAGGGAUCACCGCCCACAUCACCUUUCCACACCCUGCAGACAUUGCCCUCACCCCCUUUCAAGCAUGGUUUUAUUUUCACACCCCCAAAAAUGGGGCUUUUAGGGGUGCCAGGGCUGAGACUUCUGCUUCCCUCCCCACUGAGAGCGUCUUUGCUGGUGCCACGUGCCCGGUGAUUCCUGUCCCAUCACUCACCAAACUUUUUUUGCCAGGGAAAUAUAUGUCAGAAGAUAUUUAUUAGCAAGGCUGGGCUCAAAGAAACGCUCCCAUACUGUUAUUAGAAAAAUUUUUUACCUAAAUCUUUAUCCAAACUCUGUGUAAGAACAAGCUCCUGUCCUUCGGGAGGUGACUUCCCUCGUAGGGUUGGGCUUUCCUGGGGACAAAAUCGUGCUGCUUCCUCAGCUCCUUGGUGAUUUUAACCACUUUAAGCUUGACCAAGGACUGAUGGAAGCUGUAAAUUAAAGUGGGAUCUCUAAUAAUCUGCAUUUAAGAGGGAGUCAUAGGCUGUGUGGGGGAUUUUUCUCAUCACUUUUCGCCUCUUGGAGAGGAUGUUUGUGCUCUGUUGAUCCUAGGGGCGAUGUUUGGCUUCGCCUCCUACUACGGCGACCACAUGGUGUUGCAGAAGGAGCCAGCGGGAGCCGUGGUGUGGGGCUACGGGGAGCCAGGGGCUGCCGUGACUGUGGUUCUCUCCGGGGCUGGUGGCCUCGUCAUGAAGAAGAAGGCGCAAGUUAAAGGACCUUCUGGGAUGUGGACAACUGUCCUGGACCCUAUGGAUCAAGGCGGUCCCUACACGCUGACGGCUGGGCAGGGCUCGGAGAACGUGACGCUGUGGGAUGUCUACUUUGGCGACGUGUGGCUUUGCAGCGGGCAGAGCAACAUGGCAAUGACGGUCCUGCAGGUCGCCAAUGCCAGCCAGGAGCUGGCCGCCGCCGCUCACUACCCCUACAUCCGCAUCUUCGCCGCAGCGCCCGCCCGCUCUGACAUGGAACUGGAUGACCUGGAGCGAAUCGAUUUGCCGUGGUCCAUCCCCACAGCUGAAAACCUGGGCCACGGGAAUUUCACCUACUUCUCAGCCAUCUGCUGGUUGUUGGGGCGUUACCUCUACGAGGCUCUGCGGUACCCCCUCGGGCUGGUGGAGGCGGCCUGGGGGGGCACCCCUAUCGAGGCCUGGUCUUCCCCCAGAGCUCUGCGGGCGUGCGGGCUCCUGGGGGAUGUGGAGAG